CUCUCUCUCUCUCUCUCUCUCUCUCUGGAAACAUAAGCAUUACCAUCUGUAAGAUGAAUGGAAGGUUCUUGAGGGCUUCCCUCAGAAAAUGGAGAAGAUUAGAUACCAAAGAAAGUCCUUCGGAAAGCUAUGACCAGCACUGUUGUUCCUGGGAUCUGAGGCCUCGCAUCCAGGAAGAAGAAGAAGAAGAAGAAUUCAUCCCCAAAGAUGUACCGAGGGGUCACUUAGUAGUCUAUGUAGGAGAAAGUUAUAAGAGGUUUGUCAUCAAAGUCACUUUAUUGAAGCAUCCCCUUUUCAGGGCAUUACUGGAUCAAGCUCAGGAUGAGUAUGGCUUCACCCCAGACUCUAAGCUCUGUAUCCCCUGUGAUGAGAAUAUUUUCCUUGAAGUUAUUCGCUCCAUCGCCAAUACUCGGCCGCAUCGAAGGAUCUGCAGGUUCUGUCUUUGAAAAUCUGGAGAGCUGAUCCUUUUUUUUUUUUUCUUCUAAAGUAAGAUCUUUUAAUUUUGUAGAUCAGAGUUCUAACUCUCCUCUAAUGUGAAAAAUAACUUGUUCUUUACUUUCUUUUAUUAUACUAUAAUAAUGUGUAGGCAUGAUAUAAUGUUUAGCUUUCCCUUUCCUUGUUCCA